CCGCCAAACCAACCCAUCAAUUUGCCAACCAUGAAGCCCGAGUCGAAGCUGGUCGUUGUUGCUCUGGAAGGUUGCCACGGUUGCGGCAAGACUGCGCUGUGCGAGGAGUUUGAGGCGCAAGGCUAUGAUAUCCUUGACGAGGCCUUCAUGGACAUGCCCGCUUACGCGCUACACCCACAGUCUCUUCUCAUGGAGACGUCGUGGGUCUGUUCCUGGUUCGAGCGCGUGUUGCGCCUCGCGGACCGCGUAAAGCCUGGACGUAAACAGGUUUUCAUCGCUGACCGCUCGCCCUUCAGUGCCGUGCUCUACUCAGCCAACGGUCACCUACUGGAGCCUGUUAUCCGUGAGCAAAUGCGGGAGGUGCAGGACUUUGCCGGAGUGCAGUUCUACACGGUGCACGUGCAGGUAGAGCGCGAACUACUGUGGCGUCGCAUUUGCGCUCGAUUGGAAUUGGAGCCCGAGAGGCUGCGACUCAACGAGCAUAAGCGCGAGUGGAUGGAAGAGACACUUGCGUUCUAUGAGUCUUUCGACUGGGACUUGACAGUUGCAAACGAUGAGCGCAGUGUGGCAACAAUUGCCAAAAACAUCAGUCGCUUGCUGAGAGAGCGGGACGACACGUUUGAGGCUGUAUACAAGUGCACCAAGCCUCGUGUGGCGUCUCCGCACUCUUCCUCGUACGGCAGCACUCUCAGUACGGACAGUGAGUGCGAAAGUGCCGAGGAAGAGCACACUAUGCACGUGGACUCGGAGUGGAAUGUCAAGGAGGUGAAAAGCAUCAUCUCAUUUAACAACACGCCUCCUAUGAAGGACUAUUAAUGUUAUAGCAAGAGAAAGGGAGAGAAUGCCUCUUAGUUUAUCACGUAAAAGCGAACGUGGGGGUAGCCAACGCUCGAGUUAGGAAAAUUUAACAGUUGCAAGUAUCUA